UUUGAGUCAAGAUUAAUUCAUGAUUGAAUCUCAGACUUUCUCACUUGCAAAUCUCGUCAUCUCGUCGUCAGUUGGGAAAGCCGAUGCCAAGCUCUUGAGGGCAACACAAAAGAAGUGACCGGUUGGUAGAGUAGAUGUUGCUUUGGACGACAAGAAGACGAUGAUAUACUUUCGGCGUCCACAGACUGCUUUUGUUCAAGACGAAGGCUCGCAGAAACCAUAUUCCCAAUGGCAGUUGGUGGCCGAUGGAAACGAUCCACAACAACAGGAUAAUGCCAGCCACAACGACGUCAUGGAUGGUAGCAAUGGCAGCCAUCACGGACUCGGAGGUGGAUCGGGUCAUCACGACCAGCAGGAAUACCACGGUGAUUUGGUAGAGCCUCCCAAGAGAAAAUCGUUACAAGAGAGAGAUGACAUCAUGGAAGGAGAGAAUGCAACUACCAACACAACAACCAGCAAUAAUACAGACCCCCUACAACCAGACGCUAGUACGGCCAGUAUUGCGGCCAGUUCCAACGACGAUUCCAUAGAUGAAGAUCUUGCAACUAGCUUGGAAAGAAGAUUGCAACUAGAAGUCAAGCACCAUCCGGAAUCAGUACUACUCUGUGGAUACUUUCAUGAAGAAAUUGUGGAUGAUUGCCUAGCUUUGUCGACCUAUCUACCAGGCGUUCAUUCGCGAGAAUUGAGGGUAUAUUAUGGCGAAUGUGUUCUCAAGGUGGCCGGGGCAAGAGCUCUCUACAAUUUGGUGCAACGAUUUGAACGUUCUUUUGCAUUGGAUGAACGACUCGUCAAUACAAAUGACAUUCGUGCCGUUUUACACGAAGGAAUGCUCAUGAUCCGAGUCCCACUCGUCAGCACCCCACCACCACCCAUCGCAAUUAAAGUGGUCGAAGCUACCCCCUUGAUCAAUUUUCUGAACCGAGAGGAGCUCUUUUGUCUCGAUAUUGACGUACCAGGAGUCAAACGCAAGGAUUUGACGGUGGAAUACCACAAUGGCAUUUUGAGGCUCCUUUGGGAGAGACUAGAGCCCGCUUUGAAAUCCACAAAUGUCAACAAGGAAAACAAUUCUGCCACACCAUCCCUCGACAAACCCAAUCAAAAAACCAUGAUGCGCUUUGAACGUGUUAUACCCAUCAAUACACUGCAAAUGGAUACCAACAAGUUCACGGCGUACCUCGAUCACAUCACCAAACCCACGGGCGUGCUCACCAUUGUCGCACCGCUCAAGUACAAACGCUCUACUCGACCGAUUCAGGUCCAAACGGCCAAGGAAUUGGAACUGUUGGAGAAGAAACGUCAAUCCCUCUUUGAGGAACCAGUCUGAACAUCAGUCGAUUCAUUCGUUCAUUCAUUUUAAAAUGGAUGUUCAAGUUUGAUUCGUCAAUGUGACAGAGCCGAGAAUAUCCUUUUAGGAGGAUACUUUUUGUUCUGGUGAUUGUGUCGACGAUUUUUUUUCGGAGUGCUUGGCUUUGCUGUGAGCCCUGUGUUCAUUUUUUCGUGUGUCGAAGUUGUUUUUGUUGGUUGGACUAUCGGCAUCGUGGGCAGUUCCAACGGAACAAACCCAGCUUUUGACUUAUUGGAAAAAGUAUCCCCAUGGUUAUCUAAGAGGCAGGCGGGCGCCGUCUAAACUCGAAGGAAUUCCGAAACAAAGUCAAAUCCGUCGUUCCCUUUGAAAUCGGUGUCUUCAAUCUACCAGCAAAAAUUCGAUAUCACGAGCAUCAAGAACAUGAAAGACAGCAAUCAACAGGUGAAUAUUCUCUGAUGUGAUAUCCCCCUUGUCACGACCGUCGUUGCACAAUCUGUUGGGGCGAUACCGGUAGGGGCUUCCUCCCUUUAAUUAAUUGCGUCAACGAGGACGGCCAUUCUCGAGAAUGCUCUUCCAUGUCCCAAGAUUGAAUUGGCCAAACACUAACGGUUGUACAGUGUAUAGCAGUGGGGGUAGCAAAGAAGAUGGCGACGGAAGAUUACAGUUCUCAGAAUUCUUCACACACUGUUCAAACCAUUGAAGGAGACCAACAUCCACAUCUUCGGACCGCUUCUGCACCUGUACAAGCAUGGGCGACACAUUACGGUCCUGGCGGCCGCAAGAAGCUUUAAAGUGGUUGAGAACGAUUGUGGUGGUUUGUAGAGUAGUAUUACCAGUAAAAAACAUUGGUCAAAUUACUUUUCGACGAU